AUUCGUAGAAGAUGGCGACCCGGUGCAACCAGCUGUCAAAACGUGAGAGUUUAAUUUCGUAGAACCGGACACUCGAUAAACAGCACAGACCAUCGGGUUGGACAAAUGUACUUGAAUUAACCAGAGACCAUCGCUCGAUCAGCGAAGGAGACUUCUAUGAUGAAGAAAAUGCAGUUUUCUUACAUAAGGAGGUGACAUUGGGGAGGACAGAGGCUGCUGGAUUUGACACUCAAAAAGUGAAAGACUGUCAGAUUCCUGAUGUGAACUUAUCUGAAAGUACCAAUGAACAUUCAUGCAUUUAAAUAACUAGUCUAUUAGUUUUAUUUGUUUAUAAAAUGGCUUGGAGGUCACGACUCUCUUACAUUGGACGGAGGCAUCUGAGUAUUUUCUCCAAUCCUUCUCCCUCUAACUGGACUAAAGUGGUGUCUGAUGCGGAAAAGAUCGUAGGAUAUCCAACUUCAUUCAUGAGUUUACGCUGUUUACUUAGUGACGAGCUCAGCAACGUGGCCAUGCAUGUUAGGAAGCUUGUGGGGACGAAGCAUCCUCUGCUAAACACCGCCAGAGGGUUUGUGUUCGACAGCCGGAAUAAUCUACAGAUGCGAGGUCUUGUGGUGCUGCUAAUGUCCAAAGCAGCCGGUCCAAGUCCCAGUACCAGCGACCCGAUUCAUGACAGUAUGAUCAGCGGCAUCUACCCCAGUCAGCGGAACUUGGCUGAGAUCACGGAGCUGAUUCACACGGCCUUCCUGGUGCAUCGUGGGAUUGUUAAUCUGAAGGAGUGGACUAACUCGGAUGGCCCCCUCAAAGACAUGCAGUUUGGGAACAAGAUGGCCGUUCUGAGCGGUGAUUUCCUGUUGGCGAACGCAUGCACUGGAUUGGCCCAGCUCAAUGACACCAAGGUGGUGGAGCUGAUCUCCAGUGCUAUCGGAGAUGUGGUGCAAGGAAUCUAUCACGAGAGCUCCAGUUCUGCAGAGGAGGGCAGUCUAACACUUGCUUCCUGGGAAGACCAGACAUUCCUGUCCCAUGGUGCUUUGCUUGCCAAGAGUUGUCAAGCUGCGAUGAAGCUGGCCAGACACGGUACCGAGGCUCAGAAUUUGGCUUUUCAGUACGGAAAACACCUCACUCUCGGACACAAGCUAAACUCUGAUCUACAGCCAUUCGUGAAGAGCGAGUCAGAGCCAGCUGUGUUUAGUUUGGAUUCGGCCCCUGUUGUCUUCCACAGACAGAUCAUAGGACCUGAGAGAUGGCGGCACCAGCUAAAACAGGCCCAGAAUAUGGCUAGACAGAUUGAUUACACAGAGCUCCGGGGCCUGAUAAAGAUGGAAAGAGGCGUGAGCCAGGCGCUUGACCUGUGCAGUUACCAUGGCAACAAGGCCUUAGAGGCCAUGAAGUGCUUCCCACCCUCAGAGGCUCGGUCGGCGCUGGAAAACAUGGCCUGUGCGGUCACCAAGUUCUAAAGAUGGUUUCAAUCUGGAUGCAUAUAUGAAACCAAUUCAGUUUGAUGCUCUUGAUUAUUGUCGAAACAUGAGCCCACCUGGAGUUUUCACUUUUUGGUGCUUUUCAAAGACUUUCUUUGGAAUGUUUGCGGUUCUGACCUGCUCCACAGAUGAUGAUGAUGAUGUUUAUGUAGUAAUGACGAGUGUUGAUUACUGGACUCAUACACACUCUAUGCAUUUGGUCGCCAAAUCAGCUUUAUCUUUUAAAAUAAAAUGAGAUGUCUUUUUGAAGAAAAAAAAAUCAA